AUGGCCAUGUCCGAUCUGCUCUUUGCAAUUUUCAGUUUCCCUGCUAACCUGGCUCGGUUGCACAGCUCCUGGUUUAUUGGUGGUAUCCUUGGUCAGGCCUUCUGCAAGAUACAGACUUUUCAUGGAGAUAUUUCCUUGAAAGUUUUGAUUCAGAUCCUUGUUCUGAUAACAGUGGAUCUAUUUGGAAGUGUCGUAAUUCCACUUCGUUUCCCUCUCAUAACUAGCAAGCAGUGUCCAUUCUUCAUUGUCGCUACCUGUAUCGUCGCAAUUGCGAUUCCUCGGUCACAUCUUGUUGCUGUUAAACUUGUUUAA